AUGUUUGGAAAAGUAUUGACGACUUCGAUUCUGAUUGCGUUGACUUUUGCUGCGCCUUCAACUGAAGAAGGCAAAAGCAGCAAACGUCGUCAAUACAUUACUCCACUCGCUGGAGCUGCUCAAGUCCCACGCAAUCCAGUGUUCUUCGCACCACCAGCUCUUCCAGUAGCUGCUGCUCCAGCCUUUGUCCGUCCAGCAUUCGCUCCAGUUCCAGUUGCAGCUGCACCAGCUUUAGUUCGCCCAGCUUUUGCUCCAGUCCCAGUUGCUGCUGCCCCAGCGAUUCCAGUUGCCGCUCCUCCAAUGCUUCAACAACCAGCUGUUGUUGCUCCAGUUGUUGCUCCAGUUGGACAAUGCCCAGGAGGACCAUCUCUUCCAAUUGAGUGUGAUCCAAAAAGACCAUGGCCACAAUGCCCACCACAAUCAUACUGUUAUGCUACCAACUCUGUUGAUAUUGGGCCAUAUUUCUGCUGUCCAAUCUGGUCAACUUAUGGAGCUGCCUGGCGUCCAGCUACUCCAUUCUACAACUACGUUCCACCAGUUCCAGCCAACUGGCCAGAUGUUGCUAGAAUGACCGCUAACUGGCCAGCUGCUGCCGUUGCCAUGCCACUCAAGGCCCGUAAGCAACAGAAAAAUGAAGGAGACGACGAGGAGACGGAAGAUGAGCAAAAGAUAGGAUCAGCCAUCGAUGGAUGGGUUGAGCGUCAAGCUAAAUUGUAA